AUGCCAUGUGAUGGUAGAGCAAUAAAUAUAAAUAGUUCAGCUGUAACACUUUCGGUGCCUAGCUGCCAUGCCACCCGAAGGAAGCAAGAGGGCUGGGAUACUGCCAGGUUGUCUAAGCCUAGACAGGGGAAGUCGAGAGGCAGAGGUCGGAUUCGAACCACGGACCUUCCAGUCAGUAAAUUCGCGCUCUUACCACUUGGGCCAUCUCGCCCGAUGGGCCGCCACCCACGACCUGGGCAAAAUGUGGCAUGCGCUUCUUCUGUUCCUUUCAUUCCAAAGGUUGUCAAUGGCGGAAUAGCUGGCAUCGUCGGUGUUACUUGUGUGUUCCCGAUAGAUUUGGUCAAAACUAGGCUUCAGAAUCAGCAAGAGGGAUCGCGAAUGUACAAAAAUUUCUGUAACACCCUUUCGGUGCCUAGCCGCCAUGCUACCCGAAAGAAGCAUGAGGGCUGGGAUACCGCCAGGUUGCCCAAGCCUAGACAGGGGAAGUCGAGAGACAGAAGUCGGGUUCGAACCAUGGACCUACUGGCCACUGCCAUGCAACCCGAAGGAAGCAUGAGGGCUGGGAUACCACCAGUCGAGAAACAGAGGUCGGGUUCGAACCACGGACCUUCUGGCCAUCUGGACUGUGCGAGUAAAACCUACCGGGCGGAAGGCUUUUUCGGGAUGUACCGAGGUAGUGGUGUCAAUCUACUCCUGAUCACCCCAGAGAAAGCGAUCAAACUGGUCGGAAAUGACUUUUUCCGGUAUCACCUAAAGCAGGAAGGCAAGUCACUCACUCCAUUCCGCGAAAUGCUCGCUGGUGCUGGUGCCGGCACCUGCCAGAUCAUUGUAACGACUCCGAUGGAAUUGCUGAAAAUUCAGUUGCAAGAUGCUGGUCGGACAGCUUCGGGUCUGGAGGCGAAUGGACUAGUUUCCGUGCGCCGCACAUCAGCCACCCAACUUGCCCUCCAACUGGUUCGUGAGCGAGGAAUUUUCGGUCUUUACCGGGGUAUGGCCGCCACAUUCCUUCGUGACGUCUCCUUCUCCAUGAUUUAUUUCCCCUUGUUUGCCAAUUUCAACGCGUUGGGCCCAAGACGAGCUCCCGGUAGCGUGGAGGCGGUGUUCUACUGGUCCUUCGGUUCUGGCUUUACGGCUGGCAUGAUUGCAGCCUUUGCGGUUACUCCGUGCGACGGUGAGUUCUUUUAUGACAUUUGUGGGGUUUUUUUUCAUCUAGGAGAUUUAUAA